CGUCGCACCCGGAAGUGAAGCGCUUCCGCGACCAAGAGACGGCGCGCACGCGCGCGUGUGGCCAGGGCGGGAGUAUCUAGCUUCCUUUGGAGAAGACCACUGCGUGGGAUUGUAGGCUGCAGGUGAGACAAGCAAAGUCCCCGCGCGGGAAGGGCAGCAGGCUCCAGCUAUCGGCUGGGUUGAUCAUGGCCCUCUCUGUGGAGACCGAGUCGCGGAUCUACCGAGCUCUGCGCACUGCCUCUGGGGCUGCCGCCCACCUUGUGGCUCUGGGCUUUACCAUCUUUGUGGCUGUGCUUGCCAGGCCUGGCUCAAGCCUGUUCUCCUGGCACCCUGUGCUUAUGUCACUGGCUUUUUCCUUCCUGAUGACGGAGGCACUGCUGGUGUUCUCCCCUGAGAGUUCCUUGCUGCAUUCCCUGUCACGGAAGGGCCGAGCGCGCUGCCACUGGGUGCUACAGCUGCUGGCUCUGCUGUGUGCACUGUUGGGCCUAGGUCUCGUCGUCCUCCACAAAGAGCAGCUUGGCAAAGCCCACCUGGCGACGCGGCACGGGCAGGCCGGGCUGCUGGCUGUGCUGUGGGCAGGACUGCAGUGCUCAGGUGGGGUGGGACUGCUGUACCCCAAGCUGCUGCCUCGGUGGCCCUUGGCCAAGCUCAAGCUCUAUCAUGCUACUUCUGGGCUAGUGGGGUACCUCCUGGGGAGUGCCAGCCUCCUGUUGGGGAUGUGCUCCCUCUGGUUCACUGCCAAUGUCACUGGUGGGGCCUGGUACCUGGCUGUGCUGUGCCCCGUCCUCACCAGCUUGGUCAUCAUGAACCAGGUGAGUAACGCCUACUUAUACCGUAAGAGGAUCCAGCCAUGAGCUCUUCCCAGCCAAGAGGAAGCCUACAUUUGCACCUGAACAGGAGCUAGGACCAGGCACCUGCUGGACUCUCCUAGCUGAUUGGGUCUGGGGAAAAGUUCAGUUAUUGGGGCAGCUGGGAUAGGAGAUCUGCGUGACGCUUUCCCCUCCUCGUGUUAAGAAUGCCUCCCUCUGCCUUCUCACCACCACCCCAGGGGAGCAUGAAUCAUGUGUGUGGAUGAAAUUGGGGUGGCAGUACUGCCUUCCCAACAAUGCAGCUUGUACUUUUACUGAUGUGUCCAGAAAUGAUGGAGAAAUAAGUAAAAUAAUAAUAAAAGACGGAUGGGAAGAGCA